CAUAAAACAUCUCUUGGUGUUUAAGCAGUUUGAUAUUAGAUACACAAUACCUAAUUUGCAUGGGCUUGUUUAUUUAAACUGAAUAUGAAGGAUACAAAGAAGAAAAAAGAUUACAUAAAAAGUUUUAUAACACAGUCUUUUAAAAACUUAGGAAAACAAAUUGCAAGACAUCCAUUGUAUUUUAUAAUAGUACCUUUGCUGUUUUCACUUUCCUUUGGCUUUGGAAUAUUUAAAUUGAAGUUAAAUGAUAAUAUCGAAAAUCUUCUUGAACCAGAUAGUGGUAAAACUGUAGACACGAAGAUAUUUAUCGAAAAAACUUUUCCUUUCAAUUCUUCUGAAAAUUUUGAUAUUGUAAGAUGUCUUAGUGUUCCUAAAGGCCUAAUGAUUUAUCUCUUACCAAAUAAUUUGAAUGAAAACAUGAUGAAUAAAGACAUACUUAAGGAGAUAAAGGUAUUGGAUGAAAUCGUUAAAAAUAUUAAUAUUUCCAUUAACAAUGAUCAGAUUGGAUAUCACAAUAUAUGUGGAAUUAUUCAUAAAAAGUGUUUCGAAAAUCCAAUUUCAUACUUGAUAUCGAACAUGGAUAUUGUAUUGGCUAAACGUAAAAGAAUCGAAUUUCCUGUAGAGAUAGAUAUGCUGACUUUAUCGUAUCAUAUGUAUUCAUUAAAUUUAGGUGGAGUUGAAACAAAUAGUAAAGGAUAUGUUGAAAAAGUAAAAGCUAUGAGAUUAAUAUACCCAUUUGAUGUUAGUACGAAAUGGAAAAAAGAAUGGUUUGAACAGUGGACCAAAGCAGCUUUUAGAAAUAUAGUAAAUCACGAAUUUCAAUAUAUAAAUCCUUUGUUUGAUCCCUUGUGGAUGGCAAUAAGACACUCAAAAAUAACGUUUUAUGAUAUAAAAUCAAGAAUAGUUGCAGUCGUUAUUUUUAUAUCUCUAUUUUCUAUCAUCAGUUGUUUGAGUGUCCCGAUGAUUAGAAGUAAACCAUGGCUCGGUCUUGCAAGUGUUGUAUCGGCUGGUUUGGCAAUACUAACUUCAUUUGGAUUAAUGGGAAUAUUUCAGAUAGAAAGCACGUAUUGGAAUAUUUGCAUUCCAUAUUUAGUUAUCGUCACAGAGAUAGACGAUGCUUAUGUGUUGAUAGCGUGUUGGAGGAUUACUGAUCCAAAAAGUAAUGUGGAAGAUCGACUUGCUUAUACUUUCAGCGAAGCCGGAGUUUCCAUCACACUGACUUCUUUGACGAACUUUCUUGCAUAUUGUAUUGGAAUGACAAUGUUGUUUCCUGUUGUAAAAUUAUUUUGCUAUUAUUCUGCAGCUUGCAUAUUCUUCGCUUAUAUUUUUCAAAUAACAUUUUUCGGUGGUUGCAUGGCAUUAAGUGGAUACAGAGAAGAGAAGAGACUUCAUCCAUUUACUUUUCGAUUAUCCGCCACAAUUACCGCCGAUGGAAAUUGAGAACCGUAACAACUAUGUAACCCAUAUAAUUAUUUUGCCUGUGAUGAUUUCCAAUGGUUUUGCACUUGAAGAUAAUUCUCAGGAGACAACUACUCGAGAUCAAUGAAAUCUUGCAAAAUUCUUUCCAAUUCAACGAUAUUAAUUAAUUAAU